AUGGCAGACGAGGCAGAUGUGCGACAUGAGGUUUUGCAGAAAACUUUGAAGGAAGUAGCGGAUGAGGGGGCGAAUGGGGAAGCAAACGACCCGGACCCCUGUGUCAUCUGCCUGGAUUCAAUCACGGAGCCUAGUGUCGCCAUACCAUGCAAUCACUCGAACUUCGACUACUUAUGCCUGCUUAGCUGGCUGGAACAGCAGCCUUCCUGUCCUUUGUGUAAAACCGGCCUCACUGCGGUCAAAUAUGACUUGAAUGCUCCCCGCGGGCCGAAAAUCUACAAUGUACCCACCCGCGAACAGCCCAAAGCUAAACCCGAUACUACUCCAUCUUGGAGUUUCACACAACGCCGAGCCUUGGCGGGUGGUUUGGAUAUAGGAGAUGCGCGAUCACGCCGGCGAGGAACGCGUUCCCAUCUAUACCAGCGACCACCUAUAUCUGCCGAUCCUCUCUCGGCCCGGCGCAACGUCUAUCGUAAUAAUUUAUACUCGCUACGAGUGGGAUCGAAUCGUCUCUCUCAAUAUAGUGAGGUGACACCACAAAAUUUCAAUCGUGACGAAGCCUUGCUCUCACGGGCGCGGAAAUGGAUCCGCCGGGAACUACAAGUCUUCAGCUUUUUGACCCCCGGACCUGAAGACGAACAACAAGACCAAGGUCGCGUGCCGCGCGCUGGAGACCAGAGGCUAAAGGAUCGCAGGGCAAAUAACGCCGAAUUCCUGCUCGAGUAUGUCAUCGCUAUCUUGCGAACUAUCGAUAUCAAGGGCAGCUCCGGACAAGCAGAAGAGCUGCUGCGCGACUUCAUUGGCCGGGAUAAUGCCCGACUUUUCCUCCAUGAAAUGCUGGCAUGGUUGCGAAGCCCUUAUACUUCACUUGAAGAUUGGGAUCGCCAUGUCCAGUAUGCAACAUCAACACAGACUUCUCGGGAUAGAGAGUCCCGAGAUAGAGAGUCCCAGGAAAUAGAAUCCAAUUACCGGGGACGUCGGCGGCCUCGCGACCCACCUCUGGCCCGUGAACGCAGUGCGUCUCCGGUACGUGGUCGAGAUCGAAGCUUGUUCGAUCGCAUCUCCAGACCCGACGGGUCCGAAAUAUCUACGUCUACCCAGAACGAGGUGCAAUUUAGGCGUCGAGGGCGUCAUCCCAGACCGAGCAACUGA